CACAGCAGACAAAGCACAGCAGACCAAGCAAAUCAGACAAAGCAAAGCCGACUACAGCAAAACAAACCAAAGAGGCCCUGACCCCCAACAAGACAAACCAACAACCAAAGACAGCACACAGACGAGAUGCGCUCCUUGAUGCUGGUUGCCGCGAUAGCGGUGGUGUACACCGCUUUGAUCUGCACCGCUGCUCCUGCCAUGUCGCAGCUGGCUGAUGAUGGUCAAUUUGCCACGAAUGGAUCAACAACACCCAACUCAACAACACCAACAACAACCACAACGGCGAACAUCUCAUCGACCACCACCACCACAACGACGCAAACGCAUAGCACCACAGCGGGCCCCAACGUGACGACAACGGCCAACGUGACGACAACCGCAAAUGUGACGACAACAAUGAUGCCAACCACGGCUCCCAACGGGACUACAACCACCACUACCACCACGACCGCAGCGCCUGCACCGGCUCGCCGAUUCAACCACGAGCUCGAGGUGAAGAACGCCACGGGCAUCUGCCUCCUCUUCGACUACGACAAGGUCUUUAUGACCUUCAACGACAUUACCAUCAACGCGACGGGCAUCCCUGAUUCAAACGUCAACGGCGACUGCUUCCAGUACAGCAAGCUCCCCGAUGGCAACUACUCGCUGUCGGCGUCCGUCGAAACCACAUACCACGCUGACGACGUCAGCCUCACCGUGCGCUACACUCUCCUGCAAAAUGCAACCUACGCAGGCCCCAGCCAGACCACGUACCGUCACGGCGACCAGUCGUCUGCACUCAGCCGCAUUGAUGUGACGCUCGUGGGCAAGGACAACAAGACACAGACUGCCCACUUUCUUGAAUUUGACAAGUACGACAUGGCCAUGGACAACUCCGUGUCGUACCGGUGCAAGUACAACUUCACCUACAACACCAACGUCACCCACCCCGCGGGCGCCAACGCCACGUUCACCGUUUACAAUGUCCACGUGCAGCCGUUUGUUCCCAAGGGCCAGAACAGCUUUUCAAAGACCAACAGCAACUCCUACUGCCCGCGCGACGACAAGGAGGUGAAGAGGAUCGGGCUGAUUGUGGGCGGCAUCCUCACAGGCAUUGCCUUUCUUGGCAUCGUCCUCUUCUCAAUCACCGCCUGCCGCGGCGAGAGUGAAUACCAGAGCCUCGACGACAAGUGAUGAUGUCCGCCAUACCCAUCCAUCCAUCCAUCCAUGAAAACAUCUUGUUCGCAUUUCUGCGUGCUGUCUGAUUGCCUUCUCUGUGCUGUCUGUGCUUGUUAUGCUUGUUGUGUGUAUUGUAUGUGGUAUGUGUGUGCGUGUGUGCGUGUGCGUGUGUGUGUGUGCUUGUGUGUGUGUGUGUGUGUGUGUGCGCGCGCGUUUGUAUCGCCCGUCCUGAGCCCACCUCCCUUCCGUUCGUGCGCACGUUUGUACAUUGCGCGAAUUUCUGCCUAUCUCCCCCCCCCCCCCCCCGGGUGCACGCCGUUUGUCACGUGUUCCCCAAUUCC